UAUGCAAAAUAGAUAGCCAAUGGGAAAUUCUCGAUGUAUGGCUUAGAGAACAAGUCAGUGCUCUGUGACAACCUAGAGUGUUGCGAAGGAGAGGGAGGUAGGGACAUUCAAGAAAAAGGGGACAUGUGUAUACCUAAUAUUAAUUCAUGUUGAUGGCAAAAAAAUCACAAUAUUGUAAUCAUCUCCUAACUUUGGAAAAAAAAGCUGGAAAAAACUGACACUGUAAGAAGUGGAAUGAAAACUAGAAUACUUGUGAGAUACAGACUCAUCAGUAUGAUCACAGAUUAUACCUCUACUAAAACUCUCCAGCCUUUCUGUUUCAUCAUAUGAUAUGAUAACAUCUAUCUGAAAUAAUGCUGCUCAUGAAUUCUUCUGCUAUGUGAAUCUUGUUUUUCUACUCAUGGCAAUGGACUAAUGCAAACUGAGCUACCUGAUGUCAUCAAAUUACAUGCCUGGUGUAUGUGUUUAUAAGGUUAAUUUUUUUCUGCCUCAGUUUCCUCAUCUGUAAAGUGGGGAACUCACAGCAGCCCAAGGGGUAAGUACCUUUAGUAUCAUCACAUUAGAUAGAUGAGGAAACUGAGGCACUGGUUAAAUAAUGUGUCCAAGGUUUAUAGCUACUAAUUAUCCCCAUAGUUCAUGUCAAUAAAAGUGUACAAUUCUCAAAGUUUUCUGUUACUAUACACAUUUAAAUUUCUGCACAGUCUUUCUUAUCAAACUGUCACAUAUAUUCUUUUGCUCCAAACUGAAUUAGCAUUAUUGAAAGUAGUCAGUCUACUAUCAUUUCUCCUGUAUGGCCCUCAGACAGUUGUCUGAACCUUAGGGUGUGGGAAACAGUAAAAAUAGUAUUCUAAGGGAGGCCUGGCGUGCUGCAUUCCAUUGGGUCGAAAAGAGUCAGACGUGACUGAGUGACUGAACUGAACUGAACCUUAGAUAUAUCGGUGAUAUGUACUGUCAAGAGUUGGGAACACUGGGGAGUUCCCUGGUGGUCUAGUAGUUACGAUUCUUUGCUUUCACUUAAGUGACAUGGGUUCAGUCCCUGGUCAGGGAACGCAGAUCGCAGAAGCAACGCAGCGCGGCCAAAAUUUAAAAACAAAACAAAACAAAUCUGGGAACACUGCAUCCAUUUCAACCCAGAAAAUACAAGUUCCUCUGAGGACGCGUGGUGGCGCUGCAGGAUAAGAAGGUACGAACCUAAACCGCAGCUGUGAUUCUAUUAAAAGCAGAACUCGUAAGCAGAGCCUGGAAGCCAACGGGUAGCUUAGAUGUCACGGUAGGAGGACUAGGUCUUCCGUAAAGGGCUACUCACGGAAAUAUUUCUGAGGUAACCACGAGACAUUGAGGCCUUUACAGCUCAGCGGAACCAUCCUCGCCAGUGGCUAUUCUGGGCAAGAACAAUGGAGGCCAGCAGGAAGCUCGUUUGCAGACAAAGGCAAGUCCUUUUCUUCUUUCUCUUCUUACACUUAGCUCUGGCGGGCUUUGAAUUUAGGCGUUAUUCUGUGGUGGAGGAAGCUGAAGGGAGCUCUUUUGUCACCAAUUUAGCAAAAGACCUGGGUCUGGGGCAGGGGGAACUCUCCAGGCGGGGAACAAGGGUCAUUUCCAAAGGAAACAAACUGUAUUUGCAGCUGGAUCAGGAGUCUGGGGAUUUACUGCUAAAUGAGAAACUGGACCGCGAGGAACUGUGUGGUCAGACAGAGCCAUGUGUGCUGCGUUUCCAGGUUUUGCUAGAGAAUCCCUUAGAGUUUUUUCAAGCUGAGCUACAGGUAAUAGACAUAAAUGACCAUACUCCAGUGUUCAUGGAUGGAGAUAUGUUGUUAAAAAUAUCAGAGAACAGUCUUCCUGGCACUACAUUUCCUCUGAAGAAUGCUCAGGACAUGGAUGUAGGCCAAAAUAAUAUUGAAAAUUAUAUAAUCAGUCCCAACUCCUAUUUUCGGGUCCUCACUCGCAAACGCAGCGAUGGCAGAAAAUAUCCGGAACUUGUGCUGGACAAAGUGCUGGAUCGAGAGGAGGAAGCUGAGCUCAGGUUAACCCUCACUGCUCAGGAUGGUGGUUCUCCCCCACGGUGUGGCACCGCUAACGUCUACAUAGAAGUCAUAGACAUCAAUGAUAACGCCCCUGAAUUUGAGCAGCCUUUCUACAGAAUAAACAUCCCUGAGGACAGUCCCAAAGGCUUCCUUGUUGUCAAAGUCUCUGCUACCGAUGUAGACAUAGGAGUCAAUGGAGAGAUUUCCUAUUCACUUUCCCAGGCUUCAGAAGACACCAGCAAAACCUUUGAGAUCAAUGCCAUGACUGGAGAAAUUCGACUCAAAAAACAACUUGAUUUCGAAACAACUCAGUCCUACGAGGUCAAUAUCGAGGCCAGAGAUACUGGAAGCCUUUCUGGAAAAUGUACCGUUCUGAUCCAAGUCGUGGAUGUGAACGACAAUGCCCCAGAAAUCACCAUGUCUGCACUUACCGGACAGAUCCCUGAGAACUCGCCUGAGACUGUGGUUGCAGUUUUCAGUGUUUCAGAUCUUGACUCUGAAGAGAAUGGUAAAGUAAGUUGCUCCAUUCAGUACGAUCUACCGUUUUUGCUGAAAUCUUCCAUGGAAAAUUUUUACACUCUAGUAACAGAGCGACCGCUAGACAGAGAGACCAGAGCCAAAUAUAUCAUCACCAUCGCUGUCACGGACUUUGGGACACCCACACUGAAAACCGAGCACAACAUAACCGUGCUGGUGUCCGACGUCAACGACAACGCCCCCGCCUUCACCCAGACCUCCUACACCCUGUGGGUCCGCGAGAACAACAGCCCCGCCCUGCACAUCGGCAGCGUCAGCGCCACAGACACAGACGCGGGCGCCAACGCCCAGGUCACCUACUCGCUGCUGCCACCGCCCGACCCACACGUAGCCCUCGCCUCCCUCGUGUCCAUCAACCCCGACAAUGGCCACCUCUUCGCCCUCACGACCCUGGACUACGAGGCCCUGCGGGCCUUCGAGUUCCGCGUGGGCGCCGCCGACCGCGGCUCACCCGCGCUCAGCAGCCAGGCGCUGGUGCGCGGGACCCUGUCGCAGAGCUACCAGUACGAGGUGUGUCUGACGGGAGGAACUGGGACCAGAGAGUUCAAAUUCCUGAAGCCAGUUGUACCCAACUUUCAGAGCCAUUUCCCGGGGCCAGAAAUAAAUCCCCAAUUUUAGUUAAGUAUUCAGUGACAAUAGUUGUUUUUAAUAUUCCAAAUAUUUUAAAUUGAUGGUUAAAGGUUUUUCUGGCAACUUACCAUGAACCUUUAAAACAUUAAACUUACUUGCAAAAUUUGUCUUUAAAAAUGGCAUCUUUUUUUCAUUACUAUAACAAAAUUAAUGGUCCUAAAUGUUGCCGGAAAACAGUGAUGAAGUCAAUAGCUGUACAAACCCUUGUUAUGUCAUAGCUUAGAACUAAUGAGGAGAAAACAAUGGGAAAUUAUUGUCAGUUGUAUUCGCUUGACUUUUUCUGCAGUUUAACCAGUAAGUAUGUAAGAGCAGUACUGUACUAACACAGUGAGCCAUAACUAAUAUGAAAGGAGAGACAACUGGUACAGUGAGAAUCUGGUUCUUGCUUUAUUCUGCUGUCAUAGCACUUUGAUCUUAUUUUCUCUUAAAAUGUUAUACUAAUUGUAUUUCAUUAAUAUACCAAUGUUAGUUUUAAUAUAAUUGUUUUAACUGCUUUUCAUUUAGUUUCAUUGGUGUUAAAAGGGGAGAAAAAGCUACACUGUUUAUCCAGUGAGAUGAAAGGGCAUAGUAGGAAACUGGCUUUUCCCACUUGAGAAACACUGAUCAUCUAUGACAGAGUAUGCAGUAAGCCACUUAAAUUCCAUCUUUUCUUCUUUAGUAACAGAUCCCCAAAUUUCAUUUAGAACAUUAGUGUACUUAGUUAAAAGAAAACAUUUUCCCAACUUUCUUGGCAGCUAUAAUAAAGCAUUUGACUAGGUUACUGUCAAAGAAAUGUGUAUGAGAAUGUCCUAAGAGAGUUUCAAAAAGGUCUUUAAAAGCAAGGUGAUUCAUCUAGGAGGUGACUGGGGGGGUCCCCUUUUGUCUUUCUCUAACUGCCUUUGCUGCUUGAAAUGUGUGAGUAAUAUUUGGAAUAUAAUGUCAUAUUGAGCCAUAAAGCAAAACUAAAGAUGAAAAUAAUGGUUCAAAACAGUCAGUGUAGCAUAAACUAUAAAGAUUUGAGGAUCCCUGAUAAUCAGAGUCAUCAUGUCAUCCCUGAAUUGCCUACUUCUGAAAUUUUUUUACUUGGGAAAUAAAGGGAUUUCUAUCUCAUUUAAGCCACUAUUGUUUUAAUUUUGUGCUACCUCCAGAAGAAUCCAAUCCUAAUGCUCUCACAGUAAGAUAGUGUGUUAAAAUAUUAUAUAAUACAGUAGAAUGCACAACUCUUAAGUGUAAGAGAAUUCAAUGUAACUGAUUUUUGUCAUUUUUUCUUCAAUACUAAUUUAGAGUGAGGAGUGCUUUACAUACCUUAUCUUUAUAAUCCUCUGCCAAACCCUAAGGAUGGAGAGGGCAAUGGCACCCCACUCCAGUACUCUUGCCUAGAAAAUCCCAU